CUAUUAUAACAAUUAUAUAUUUUUGUAUUACUAUUCAUUUUAUCGAGUUUAUACUUACAUUAUUUGUAACGGUUCCAUGGAUUUUACUUGCGACGUUGAUAACUGCAGUAUCAUUUGUACAACUACUAAUACCCGGCAGUAGCAAUUUACUUUAUAUGUUGAUAACUUAACAUAAUAAUCUUGACGGCAUUUUAGUUAUGGUACUUGAUAAAGUUCGUGUAGAGCAACUCUGUAAGGCAGUAGAAAUGCAACCUAUUCUGUGGGAUCCAUCAAGGGAGGACUAUAAAUUUAAAGACAGGACGCCAAAAGGUAAAGCUGCCAAAGCGGCGGUUUUAAACCACCUAAAAGAACAGGAUGCCCAAUUUUGGUCUUCUUUUGCCGUUGGAACUGUAAUGGGUACGUUCAGAGGGUACAAACAGAACUAUGCUAAAUGGCUAAGCAAAGUGGAGCAGCAAAGACAAACAAAAAGUGGUCAAGCUCCGGAUGACGAACUGCACAUCAAGAGCUACUGCCACGCAGAAUUUCUCCGCUUUCUCGACGGAACUGCUGUAGGGUCGUUCGGCACUGAAGACCCAACAACCAAUGUCUUGUCGAUAAGCGACGAUGAGAUAUCUGUAGAAGGGGGUGAAGAAGAUGAGGCUUUGGUGAUGGCUGAAAACGACCUCAACAGAAGUAUGGAGCGAGAUACUGAAAGGGUCAUUUCAGAACUGACGACAGCGGCCUCAGAGUCAGGCUCGGUUUUAGGUAAAAGAAAGGUCAUUGCAAGUUGCCUGAAAAAUGGAAAUAAGUCCAAAUAUGCCAGAGAAAGAAACCAAAUGAGGGAUCAAACUAAUCAGUUUGCUGAGGGCUUCUCCCAAUUGAGCUCUGCACUGGUUGCAUCUCUGGCAGCACCCCACCAAGCCCCUACACCUGCCCCUGGUCCGAGCGACCAGUUUUCUGCAUUUGGGGAUACUAUUGUGCAGAGAUUGAGAGCGAUGGAUGAGACUGACGCUCUCAGUGCAAUGGCGCAAAUUUCGGCCAUUAUUUUUGCUCCUAUAAGGGCCAAGAACAGUUAUUUCAACCUAGGUUAA